CUCCCCUGUCUCAUCACCCAUAUCAAGUGACUCGAAAGUCAGCGGAUUUCUUCCCCAAGCCAGCUUUUCUCGAUACACACGACUCCAAACUUUUCUGCUCGUAUUUUCUGUACCUGCAAAGUUGCGCCAAGCGGACAAGGAUUAUUCAGUGGCGGUGACGCUAGUGGGACUGCCGUUUAACGUUGUAAUCCCUAAAUCUUGAUCUCCUCCAACUUCAUCUCCAACACACUCGUUUCACCACAACAAUGGCCUCAUUCUCUCUACAGUCGCUACUGAUCGCAGGCGCAUGCCUUGCAUCCUCUGCUACCGCCAUAAACACACAGCUUGUUGGAACAUGGUCGACGAAAUCUGCGAAAGUGUUAACAGGGCCGGGAUUCUACAAUCCUGUAAACGACAGUUUCAUCGAACCAAGCCAUACGGGAAUCUCGUACUCAUUCACGAGCGAUGGGUAUUAUGAGGAAGCAUACUACAGAGCAAUCUCAAACCCAACGAACCCAUCAUGUCCACAAGCGAUCAUGCAAUUCCAACACGGAACAUUCGUCGAGAACUCAGAUGGCUCUUUGAGCAUGAGCCCCUUCUCCGUUGACGGUCGCCAACUUCAAUCCAACCCCUGCGCCAGUUCUACCUCGACGUACACUCGCUACAAUCAGUCCGAAACCUUCGAAAAAUACCAAGUCUACACCGACCCCUAUACAAAAAUGACCCGUCUAGACCUAUACCAAUUCGACGGCUCUCCAAUGAACCCGAUGUUCCUUGCCUACUCGCCACCUCAAAUGCUCCCCACCGUAACUAUGAACCCCACCGCAACCGCCACCGCUUCAGGAAAGAAAGCCAAGCGAACUGCUGGAUUAGGGGACGAGCUGGAGGAGCCGCUGAACAAGAACGCGAUGCAUAUCAAGCGGGAAGCUUUCGAACGACCACUACUCCACAGAAUCGAUUUGAACAUGCUUUGGUGGGCUGGUGUGGGAAUGACGAUCUUUGGAGGCGCUGCUUACUUGUUAUGAGUGAAACACGAGUAAAUUAAUGAAGUAACAGGUUGAGGACGGCUAGAGGAACGAGGAAGAUUAUGUACAUUUGGAACCACGAAAUGAAGAGCCAGGCGGGAGUACUAGAUGGACAGUAUUGUAUGUAUUGGGGCGUAUACCAAGGAGUUUUGGAUGGGUCAGGAUAAGGCUCUCAUUUUGUUCAUAAUCACGCGG